AUGCAGUUCCUCCCUCAUCUCGCCCUCCUGUCCCUCUGGACCCUCUGCACCUCCGCCCACUUCAUUCUCCAAUACCCCCAAUCCCUCGGCUUCGACGAUGAUAUUGAAGCGACAGCGCCCUGUGGCGGCUUCGACGUCGUCUUCAACACCACCGACGACUCCAUCCCCGUCGGUGGCUUCCCAGUCUCCAUGCUGAGCACCCAUCCCGCCGCCGACUGGCUCUUCCGCGUCACGCUCGACCAGAAGGCGCCCUUCAACUGGACCAAUCUGCUCCCCGUCGUCUCAGAAACUGGCCUGGGUCAAUUCUGUCUCCCACACCUCGUCGCCCCAGCGGAUUUUGCUGGCAACAAGGGCGUUAUUCAAGUCAUCCAGGAUGGUCCCGACGGUAUCUUGUACCAGUGUGCGGCAGUCAACUUCGUUACCGGCGUCAACUCGACAGUCAGCUCCAGCUGCACAAACGUGACCGGCUUGACAGCAACCCUCACCAACCAGAAUAACUUUAACACCAGUUCGUCAUCGUCAACCUCAGCGUCUUCCUCCCCGACAGCCUCGGCCACCACCUCGGGAAGUGCCGCCUCCUCCAGCUCAGCUGGCCUGGCUGCUCCGACGAACGGGCCUCAAUUGGUGCAAGGUCUCAUCGCUGCCGCCGGUCUUGCUGUUCCAUUCUUGUUGUAA